AACCAGGAAGCGCAAAUGGUGCUGCUGGUGUAAUCUUUCUUUUCCCCUCCUCCUUCCUUUCCUAGUUGAACCAGGAAGUAAAGUUGGGGCUGCAAUUGCAUUAAGAGGAGAAAGCCCGGGCACCUGAGCAGGAGGAGGAGGAAAAGACGAAGACACGUGAGUCUGCUGGGAGAAUCAGCAUCAAGGGUUAAAUCCAGACCCUACUUUAAGGACCACAGCGGGUAGGCCAUGACAACGUUGACUCACCGGGGACGGCGGGCGGAGGUCGGCAGGAAUGCAGACAAGAGGCAGGACGGCGAGGAGGACUCUCAGCUGGACGAUCAGGUGGGCGAAGGUGACGCUGGAGACUCCAAAGACAUCCGCCUGACCCUCAUGGAGGAGGUGCUCUUGCUGGGCCUGAAGGAUAAGGAGGGCUACACAUCUUUCUGGAACGACUGCAUCUCCUCCGGGCUGCGGGGCGGCAUCCUUAUCGAACUGGCCAUGAGAGGGAGGAUACAGCUGGAGCCGCAGACCAUGAGGAAAAAACGGCUGCUGGACCGCAAGGUCCUCCUCAAAUCGGAUGCCCCCACUGGAGACGUGCUUCUGGACGAGACGCUGCGCCACCUGAAGGCCACCGAACCUGCUGAGACGGUGCAGACGUGGAUCGAGCUGCUGACCGGCGAAACGUGGAACCCCUUCAAGCUGCAGUACCAGCUGCGCAACGUCCGCGAGCGGAUCGCCAAGAACCUGGUGGAGAAGGGGAUCCUGACCACGGAGAAGCAGAACUUCCUCCUCUUCGACAUGACGACACACCCGGUGACCAACACCACCGAGAAGCAGCGGCUGGUGAAGAAGCUCCAAGAGAGCGUCUUGGACCGGUGGGUCAACGACCCUCACCGCAUGGACAAGCGGACCUUGGCACUGCUGAUCCUGGCUCACGCCUCCGACGUGCUGGAGAACAUCUUUACUAGCCUGGUCGACGAGAAAUACGACGUGGCCAUGAACCGCUCCAAGGACUUGCUGGACAGAGAGCCCGAGAUGGAGGCGGCCAAGGCGGGCAGCGUGGAAAUGAUUUGGGCCGUCCUGGCCGCUUUCAACAAGUCCUAAGCCCUACUGUGCAGGUUUCUGCCUUUCCCUCUAGGAAUCAGACCUCUCGCUCUGGGGAAUCUUCCCACAUUACACGGCGGCAGGCCACUGGGGACUACUUCCUGCCAGGCCCCCUCCCCGAUUGCAGAUACUGGGCACGGUGGCGAGCAUCCCCCGUAGGAACGCCGAUAUCUUCACCGCCGCUUCCUCCCCUCCGGGGACUGUUGGAUUUUUUCAUGCCCACCAAACUGAAUGAAGGCCUGUUGUCUGAGAGAACUGGAUUGAGCUGUGUCUCUUAUUUUUAUUUCAAACUCUCUUCUUUUUUUUAUGUUUUUAGGAAAGAAGGAAUCGUGACGUGCAUUCUUUUGCCUUUUGAUUUUUUUUGGUGUGUGUUUUUAAUUUUGGCCUCUGUUUUGGUCCUGUCUCGGUUUCUGUCUGAGUGGCUCCGGCUCGGCGCCGCUCGUCCCUGUGUGUGUGUGUUCGCAAAAGAUCAUUACAGCACAACCUCUAUGCA